GCACAACAGCACCUGUUUAGACGAAACUUAUGUGACCGCGUGCGGCCCUGGCACAAUCAGUUUGUACUCGACAUUUUUCCUAUGUUUCAUUGCUCAAUUUUCAGGCUGUGUAUAUAUUACCAUGACUGGUAGUCCCAGUAGCAACCCCUCGAUUAUUCCAAUGUGCCAAUUCAAUCGAUGCCUCUCCCCUGCCAUCCAUCAUGGCAAGUGCGACUACCACCGCAUGCGAAGUGGGUGCAUGGUGAAGCACUGCCCCAACCAAGUGUAUGCCCGAAAGCUGUGCGUCAAGCACGGGGGCAAGCGGCAGUGCCAAGCCGACGGCUGCGAUGCCAAUGCACGAAGACACGGGUUCUGCUGCAAGCAUGGCCAGAAACCAGCCAAGAAGCCCUGCCUCGUCGAAGGUUGUGUCAAAUUUGCACAUUCGCGGCGAUUCUGCGCGGCCCACUGUGGCAGCCGUAGCCACACGUAUAACGACAUUUUCCUCGAUCCGAGCACUGCUGCCGUGCUUAGCUCUACGCGUUGCAAAGUCCAUGGCGACCACUGGAAUGGGGAUGCCGUACCUACCGGAUUCGUUGCCAUGUUGGCGGUGGACAAUGUCGAUUCGCAUAGCUCUGUAGCUGACGAGGAUGAUGCAUCGUUUGUGGGCGCGUGUUGGGGCGACGGGUUGGACAAGGGAUGGCAAGUUGAAAGCGUCGACUUGACCUGUGAAGACGCGAUGAUUUUAGAGUUCUUAUUAAUGUGAAUCGAUUGUAAUUGCAUGCGCG